CAUCGCUUCAGUCUCCUUCAAUUGCGCCUCCGAUUUCGAUUCAAAUUCUGUCCUAUUUGCUUUUUCGUCUCCAAUCUGCUCCAUGGAGUCCUUGAGGAAUUCAUUUUCAUUGACCUCCACCGAUGGUGGCGCCGUCAGUGCAGGAUCUCCACACCGCGUCGCAGGCGAAGUCCAUGUGAUCAUCGGUCCUAUGUUUGCCGGAAAAACCACCGCUCUACUCCGUCGGAUCAAAGCUGAGAGCAGCAGUGGCAGGAAUGUGGUGAUGAUCAAGUCAAGCAAGGACACAAGGUACGCUAUUGAUUCGGUAGUAACACAUGAUGGGGCCAAAUUUCCAUGCUGGGCACUGCCAGAUCUUUCGUCUUUCCGACAGAAAUUUGGAGAAGAUGCUUAUAACAAGCUGGAUGUGAUUGGUGUUGAUGAAGCUCAAUUUUUCGAUGAUCUCUAUGAUUUUUGCUGCGAUGUUGCUGAUAAAGAUGGCAAAAUCAUUAUCGUUGCUGGCUUAGAUGGAGAUUACCUCAGGAGGAGAUUUGGUUCAGUGCUUGAUGUAGUACCUCUGGCUGACACAGUAACUAAGUUGACAGCUAGAUGUGAACUUUGUGGUAAAAGAGCCUUCUUUACCUUGAGAAAGACAGAGGAGACAAGGACCGAGCUUAUCGCUGGGGCUGAUGUCUAUAUGCCGGUGUGCCGCCACCACUAUGCCAAUGGACAAGAAGUCAUACAAUCUUCCAAGAAUAUUCUGGGAUCUCGUGCUCUUAGAACAGGCUCUAAUCUAGAGGCACUUCCUUCACUUAUCUAAAAUCUGCAACUUAUCUCAAUUGUCUAGACAAAAUGCUUUGCUUUCGCCUGUGUAUUUCCAUAUGUUUCCAUCAAACAGCUGGCGCUAGCUACAUGCUAUAUGAAACCCCUUUUUCUGUUUGUGGGAAAAGGGUUUGUAACCUCAUUCGUCCAAUAUUAUAUACUAACAUAUUUCUCUUC